AUGACCGGGUUUCAUCCCGAUAGCUCCCCUGUAGACACUACAUGGGCGGCUGUCUUGCUUAGCGAGAGAGAUGUGGCUGGCCAGGUUCCUAUCAACUUUGUCACACACCCGGUCGUGUCUCUGAGGGCAGCGUGCUUUGGCAAUAAUGUCUUCGACUAUAAUUCCGCCGUGACCUGCAUAUCGAAUCUGCUGGCAGUGGGAUACCGCCGGUUUGUGGUGGAUCUGUACUGGUGUCCUGAACGGCAGUUAUGGACCUUUUGCCCUGUCACUAUUCCCACGAAUGCAGAUGUUGUCACAGUGUCUUCGACAGUUUCGGCGACCAGCACACCUGCCCCCUCAUCUACUGCGACAUAUGAUUCCGCAGAGAGCAAAGUCACAGUAGUUUCCAGCUCAUCUGGAUCAAAUCUGUACGAGCUGGGCCCGUAUUUCUGUUCAAAAGAUCUCGAUGUGUCGGACUUGGUCGAUGUCUUCGUCGGGUAUUUUCGGGAGACGACUUCUCAGAUGAGCGUGUAUAUGGAGUACCUUAUCUUCAAUCUCCAUGCAGCCGCUAGUGCCUCUACACCUGAUGAGCCAGCAAAAACAGUGACAGGCAGCUGGCUGCCAAAGCCUUCAGAUUAUCUCAGUGCCUGGCUGGAAGAUCCGCUUAACAUGUAUAUCUAUGGGCCCGCCCAACUAGCCGACGAGCGCAGCAAUCUCAACAAUUCCUGGUACCAAGUUGAAAAUGGAUACAAACCUAUCGCUGAAUACUUCACCACCAUUGAGGAUUCUGAUGGAAAGCAAAGCACGCCCGACGGCUGGCCGUGUUCCAAGUACGUGCAGCUGGCAAGGGAACGACGGAUCCUACUCGGAUAUGGAACCAUCGAUUCGCAGCUAGACGGCUACGAUGAAAUCAGUGACAACGAAGUAUUGUUUCCUCCGGGCUACCUCACCCACAUCAAAAAUGUCACUAUCGCCGAGAGUGGGACUUUAGGCUCAUGUCUGUAUGACCCAGAUGCUACUCAGGUUUCCCAGGCCAACUCCUCCUGGGCAGAAUCCGGCAACAUUCCAAUUCCAAAUGAUUUAAACAAAACAGCAACAUUAUGGCAAGUAACAGACAUGAUCUCCAAUUUGACAGCCUGCGGAUUAUCCCCAACGGUCAACGACACUCUGUUCGGCGCAACGGCCGACACCGACUCCAAUCCAUAUCGAAACGUUUCACUUUCCACUUCCUGGGCAUGGGCUAUAGGUGAGCCCAAAAGGGCAGAUUCCCAUGACGACCAGCCUAAAAUGGACCGAUGCGCUAUCAUGGACUUGUCAUUGAAGGGCCGCUGGCGAGCCGCCAACUGCUCCGAAACCAACCGUCGCGUCGCCUGCAGAGUCAACAAUAAACCAUUCACCUGGGCCAUAUCUAGUGAUAUGUCCACUUACGACGGAGCAUUUGACAUCUGUCCCGACGACAGCCACUUUGGAGUCCCACGCACAGGACUCGAAAACACCUAUCUCUACCGUCACGCACUUUCGCAGUCCAAAGAUAUCAUGGAUCCCGCCUCGACUGAUGCCGCGAUGCGAGAGAUAUUGCUAGACUUCAACUCGUUGGAUAUCGGGUCAUGCUGGGUUAGCGGAAGCCCCCGGGCUAGUUGCCCGUAUGCCUCCGAUCCGGAGCAGCUGGAGCGACGAACUGUCAUUGUUUCCCUUAUUGCUGGUAUCGUAAUCUUCAUUAUUACUGCAUUGACACUGUUUGUAAAAUGCAACGCCAACCGGAGAAACUCGAGAAGGAGAAAGAGAGUAAUUGAAGGAUGGGAAUACGAAGGUGUUCCCUCUUGA